AUGGCAUUCAUCGAACCGCGCCUCAUCCACCUGCUCAACGAUGCGACAACCCCUCAGCUCGGACACAUCGACCUUCCUCCCUUCACCGAAGCUUUCCCCGAAGCCUCUGACCGGCUGACACCCCUCGCACCAACGGCUGGUCGAAGAGACGAGCUCCUUGGUGCCGCACCGCCGACUAGCAACCAUGGCUCCCUAUCACAGACGGCGGGCGCAUACGAUGAUGCAGGGGCGACGCUGCGAGACCUUAGGAGGGACGGGGACGCCGCGACAGACAGGAGUGCCAUCGCCAACGUUCCUCGCAUCCCGCUGAGAUUGCUCCUCGGCGAAACGGAUGAGGCCAGCCACAUGUAUGCUCCAGGCCAGGAAGUUGACGAUGGGCCUGAGGGCAAGGACGACCCCGCAUCGAAAAAGAGACACCGAGCCAUGACGAAUAAGGACGACCUCAUGCAUUUGCCCCAGCCGGUGAAGAAACAAAAGGCAGCAUCCCAGACCCGACUGCCGCCCAUGCCGCCCAUCAUCAACGGACUACACGAACCUCCACCCAACGCCGCCCUCUUUCCCCCAAUCUCUUCCACCGAAUUCGAUACACCUGACCCCGAUGCGGCGCAGCGCCAACCGGCGGCGAGGGAACUGCCACAGGUACACGAAGACAAGCCCAUGGAGGUGGAGCCCUCAAAGUCACAAAAGCCGGGGAGCGUCAAGACGAGAAAAAAGGCCAUGAAGCCCCGAAGGAAGUGGUCAGAAUCGGAGACCACACACUUGCUGCUCGGUCCGCACAGCGGGGGGAUCUCAAGGAUCGCUUCAGGACGUGCUGUCCGACAGAGCUUCGGAAGAACGGCAAGGAAACGUCAACGGCGUCGGUCGAUCCUCUUCCCACGCCGCCUGCGGGAGUCCAAGGGAAAGGCGAAGACAGGCCUUCUUUCGGAGAAUAUCCUCAUUGACCCUGAUGAAGCAUUCGACCCAGACCAGUGUCAGCAGAACACCAAUGAUGCUGAGGCUGUGGUGAAGCACAAGAAGAGCCGCGCGCAUCGGAAAAAGAUUGAAGAUUUGGCAGAACUCGGGAUCCAUGGGCCUUUCAAAAAGUCGCAUCGGCGGGAGCGACGUCCUUUCUCGGAACAAGAUGACCUGCAGAUCCUGGAAGGGCUCGACAAGUACGGGCCGUCAUGGACUAAAAUCCAGCGCGACCCGCGCUUCAGUCUUUCGGGCCGCCAGCCCACCGACUUGAGAGACCGAGUGCGAAACAAGUACCCAGAUGUAUACCAAAGGAUCGAAAGAGGUCUUUUGCAUCUCAAGGAGCUCAAGGAGCGAAACGACAGUGUCGACACAUCGACCAACGCAGCAAAGGAGAGCGGCAGUUCUCAGCCACGCCAGGCGCACCAAUCGUCUAUUGCUCAACUAGCAUGGAAGGAAGACCUCACUCGCUGGACCGUGUCGCCCAUGGAAAACGAGGAACUGCCCGUCGUGCCGCAGCCAUUCGAGCUGACCGAGGCCUCAACGACAGCAUUUAUGGGAAGUGUUGGCGAAAUGGACAUUUCCCGCCUUCUGCUUGACGAUUCAGAGAUAUCUGACCUUCCUGGCCGGCACAUGGCAUCUGACUCUGAUCUGGUGUCUCUAUGA